AUGUGUGAGUAUUCAAAGGACUCUUUCGAUAGAUUUGGUGACGAUUUGUGCGAAGAGUUGUUGUCUUUCCUCACAUUUGAAGACCGAUUCCGUUGUGAAUGUCUAUCAAAACAGUGGCGAAGACUUUCUCAAUUCUCGGACCCUAAAGACUAUAACGAAAAGUUUUAUGAAUACAUCGGAUUGUAUGUCAAUUUGACGGCAAUUGACUUACCGUUUGAAAAGUUAUGCAAAACACCACUCAUAUUGAGUGCUGAUAAUAAUGCGUUUGAAUUGUUUGCUCGCAAUUACGGCCACAAUAUUAAGUCUAUUGAAUUCACUUUCGAUUGUCUUAUCGACGAUAAUAUGGUUAACAAACUAUCGGAUGUUUUAUCACAAAUGCGGGCAUUAAUUGGCAUUACAUUGAAUUUGAACGACCCUUUCAUAGAGUGGGAUUUAUUGACACAAAUAGGUGUGAAAUGUCCGCAACUCACGAGUCUGUGCGUCCAGUUUAAGAGUCGGACAACUAUUGAAUACAUCGAUCACAUAAUGGGUAAACACUUUAAACAAUUAAAGCGUUUGGAAAUCAAUGGCUUAUAUAAUACGACAAAUAUAUCAAACGAUGCGCUAAUCGAAUAUAGCGAAUCGCAGGUCAUAUCCAUUACCGACACUUUCUUCGCUAAUAUUGAUCGCUAUUUACCACAACUUCUGGAACUGAGACUCAAUGAUGUGAUGAUUACCGACGAAGUGUUGAAUGCAUUGUCAAGACUGACACAAAUCCGUUGCAUUCAACUCAUGGGCACUAAUACAUGCCAUUUGUAA